AUGGCUCCUUGGAUGACGACCACAACGGAGCGAUAUGGCAUAGGGAGCUUCCCGGCCAGCAUAGUGCAGCUGAGGAAGGUCAUCAUUGAAAAGCAAGGUGAGUGGGACCAGGAGGUGGUGUUGUCAGCAGAGAUGCCCCUAGUGAAGGAGGUGACCACCACUUUGAGGGAGUGGGGAAGCAUCUGGAAACAACUCUACGUGGCCAAUAAGAAGAAGCGUGUGGUGCAGGUCCAACGGCUGAUGUGGGAUCUGAUGGAAUGGCGUUCGCAGCUCCUGUCUGGCACGUUGCCUAGCGACGAGUUCAAGGAGCUCAAACAGAAAGUCACCUCCAAAAUUGACUAUGGCAACAAGAUCUUGGAGUUGGACCUGGUGGUGCGGGAUGUGAAUGGGAACAUGCUGGACCCAGAGAACGCCAGUGUGAUCAGCCUGUUCCGAGCCCACCAAGAYGCCACCACCAAGAUCAACGAACGCAUCAAAGAGGAACAGUCCAACGUUCAGACGGGCCACUCGGUAAUCUCGGCCCGGAUCCAGUCCUCUCCCACUCACAGCCUCUAUGUCUUCGUCCGGAACUUCGUCUGUCGGAUCGGAGAGGAUUCUGAACUCUUCAUGUCCCUAUACGACCCCAACAAACAGACCAUCAUCAGUGAGAACUACCUGAUCCGUUGGACCAGUAAAGGUUUCCCUAAAGACGUUGACAUGCUGAACAACCUGAAGGUUGUCUUUACAGACCUGGGUAAUAAGGAUUUGAACAGAGAGAAGAUCUACCUGAUCUGUCAGAUAGUGAGAGUGGGUCGUAUGGAACUGAAAGAGACAAGCACCAAGAAGUGUACCCAGGGCCUCCGCAGGCCCUUUGGAGUGGCAGUGAUGGACAUCAGUGACAUCAUCAAAGGAAAGAUAGAGUGUGACGAGGAGAAGCAGUAUUUCAUCCCGUUCGUUCCGGUUGUGGCAGAGAAUGACUUCCUCCACUCCCUGCUGAACAAGGUGACAGCAUCGCGAGGAGACAGUGGAGGACAAGGUCUGUGGGUGACGAUGAAGGCCCUGGUCGGCGACAUCGUCCAGAUCCGUAAGGAGUACCCCCACCUGGUGGACCGCAGCACGGUGGUGGCCCGUAAACUGGGAUUCCCAGAGAUCAUCAUGCCGGGGGACAUCCGGAACGACAUCUACUUGACUCUGUGGACCGGGGACUUUGACAAGUACAACAAGACCACCCAGAAGAACAUGGAGGUCAUYAUGAUGGUGUGUGACGAGGAGGGCAAGGCCGUGCCGAACUCUAUCUGUCUGGGAGCCGGGGAUCGGCCGCUGAAUGAGUACAGAUCUGUCAUCUACUACCAGGUCAAACAACCACGCUGGAUGGAGACAUUCAAGGUGGCCAUCCCUCUGGAGGAGAUGCAUAGGAGCCACCUGCGCUUCAUGUUCAGACACCGCUCCUCUCAGGAGUCUAAGGAUAAGAGUGAGAAGAACUUUGCCAUGGCGUUUGUUCAUCUGAUGAAGGYGGACGGAACAGUGCUGCAGGAUGGACUUCAUGAACUGGUUGUCUUCAAGCCUUUCCAAAUUGUCUUUCUUGCGGGGAGACGUAUCUUCGGUGGGUUGAGGAGGUCCUCGCGGAGCGUGGUUUGCUGGGCUACUGAAGUGGAGGACUGUCCUGAGUCCUCAAGAAACCUGAGAACUCAGAUCAUCGACGGAGAGCAGGUUGUAAGUUUCUCCAGGACACUCUGGAUGCUCUGUUCACAUCAUGAGGAACAUCCCAGACUGACCGACUAUGACAUCCUAGUGUUCGAUGCCCUGAUCUACAUCAUUGGUCUGAUAGCAGACAGGAAGUUCCAGCAUUUUAACACGGUGUUGGAGGCCUACAUUAAACAGCACUUCAGCGCCACGCUGGCCUACAAGAAGUUGAUGUCGGUGUUGAAGAGGUAUCUGGAUGUGUCCAGUCGAGGGGAGCAGUGUGAGAACUACCUCCGCACCCUCAAAGCCCUGGAGUACAUCUUYAAGUUCAUCGUUCGCUCACGCAUGCUCUACUCCCAGCUGUAUGAAGGGAAGGAGCAGAAAGAGUUUGAGGAGUCUCUUCGGAGACUCUUUGAGUCCAUCAACAAACUAAUGAGGAGUGACCACAACACAACAGUCUUACUGCAGGUGGCUGCUCUGAAGUACCUACCCACAGUCUUGCAGGAUGUGGAGACAGUGUUUGACGCCAAACUCCUGAGGUCAGCUGUCUUGUAUGAAUUUUACACCUGUAUCCCUCCUGACAAGCUGCAGAAACAGAAGGUGUCCUCCAUGACCGAGAUCGUCAGCAGCAAACUCUUCGAAAAACAGGAGUGCCGGGACAUCCUGCUACCCAUGAUGCUUCGGGAGCUAAGCGAAGCGCUGAAGGACAUGGGUCAGGGGCCUCAUGACGACCGGAAGAACAGCGUGGAGCUGCUCAACAACAUCCUGGAGGUCCUCAGCAGAGACAAUGUGGGUGAGACAUUCCAGCAUAUUCAGGACAUUGUGGUCAGUCUCCUCAGGACCAUCAACCGUACGGUCAUUACCAUGGGUCGUGAGCAUGCCCUGAUUUCCAGGGUGGUGGCCUGUAUGACGGCCACUCUGAGUCAGAUGGAUGACAGACACUAUUCCCGCUACCUAGAGACCUUCUCAGGCACCACCGACCUCUUAACAUUUAUUGUUGACAUCAUGUCAAUGUCAGUAUUGACACGGUAUAUAGGUAGAGAUGGAUAUCAUGCUGUCAUCUCAUAAACUGUGCGCUGUGUCUCUGUCAGGGUGUUCCUCAGAGCCAUCAACACCUACGCUGACACCAUGAACCUCAAAUUCCUCAACAACAAUGACUUUGAAGUGCAGUUGUGGAAUAAUUACUUCCAUUUGGCUGUGGCAUUCAUUACCCAAGAGUCAUUGCAACUGCAGCACUUCUCUCCAACCAAGAGGAACAAGAUCCUGGCAAAGUAUGGAGACAUGAUGGAGAACUCAUCGGUUUUUGCCAUACGGGACAUGUGGUACAAACUGGGUGUGAAUAAGAUCUGUUUUAUCCCUGGGAUGGUGGGUCCUAUCCUGGAGAUGACUCUGAUUCCUGAGGAAGAGCUGAGGCGAGCCACCAUCCCCAUCUUCUUCGACAUGAUGCAGUGUGAACACAAACUCUCCACGCACUUCAAAAAGUUUGAAAAUGAGAUCAUUCUGAAGCUGGAUCAUGAGGUGGAGGGAGGAGGAGGAGAUGAGAGAUACAUGGAGCUACUGGAAACCAUACUGUUGGAGUGUGUUGUGGAGCAUCCUUUGUUAGAGGCAGAGGUCGAGCACUUCGUUGACUUGGUGAAGGGACUCCUGGUGCGUCUCCUUGACUACCGCACGGUGAUGAGCGACGACAGCCGCAACAACCGCAUGAGCUGCACUGUCAAUCUCCUGAAUUUCUACAAGGACAUCAACCGUGAAGGGAUGUACAUCAGAUACCUCUACAAGCUGAGAGACCUUCACAUGGCUGUGGAAAACUACACAGAGGCUGCAUACACCCUGUUGCUUCACUCUCGCCUGCUCAAGUGGUCAGAGGACCAGUGCAGUCCCCAGUUUGAGCUGCGUAGCUGUCAGACCCAGCGCCAGCAGAAGGAGAAUCUCUAUGAAACCAUCAUCGGGUACUUCGACAAGGGCAAGAUGUGGGAGGAAGCUAUAACUCUGUGUAAGGAGCUGGCUGACCAGUACGAGAUGGAGGUGUUUGAAUACGAGCUGCUCAGCCAGAGUCUGGUAAGACACGCACAACACACUGUUGCGUUCUAUGAGAACAUUAUGACGAUCCUGAGGCCCAAGCCAGACUACUUUGCUGUGGGCUACUACGGACAGGGUUACCCUCCCUUCCUCAGGAACAAGGUGUUUAUUCACCGGGGGAAGGAGUACGAGCGUAGAGAAGACUUCCAGAACCAGUUGAUGAGCCAGUUCCCCAGCGCUGUCCGUCUCAAUAUCACCACCAUGCCUGGAGACGACGUCAGACUCUCCCCUUUGCAGUACAUCCAGUGUUUCACUGUUCAGCCUGUCCUGGAGAUCCCAUCUCGCUUGAAGAGCAAACCUGUCCCUGACCAGAUCAUCAACUUCUACAAGUCCAACUACGUGCAGCGUUUCCACUACUCCAGACCAGUGAGGAAAGGCCCAGUGGAUCCCAGCAAUGAGUUUGUUUCCAUGUGGAUUGAGCGCACCACGUUCACCACAGUGUAUAAACUCCCUGGGAUCCUGCGCUGGUUUGAGGCCACAGACAUGAAACAUACCACCAUCAGUCCUCUGGAGAAUGCCAUAGAGACCAUGCAGAGCACCAAUGACAAGAUCCUCACCCUAAUCAACCAAUCGGCCGACGACGCCCUUCCCAUCAACCCUCUCUCCAUGCUGCUCAACGGCAUUGUGGACCCUGCCGUCAUGGGGGGCUUCGCCAAGUACGAGAAGGCUUUCUUCACUGAGGAGUACAACUUGCAACACCCAGAGGACCGAGAUAAGCUGGAUGGUCUCAAAGACCUCAUCGCAUGGCAGAUCCCGUUGCUGGGUGGGGGAAUCUCUCUACAUGGGAAGAGAGUGACAGACGACCUACGACCUUUCCACGAGCGCAUGGAGGAGUGCUUCAAGCAUAUGAGGAAGAAGGUGGAGAAGGAGUACGGAGUGAGGGAGCUGCCGGAUAUGGAUGAGAGGAAGUCAAGUCGCCCGCGCUCUGUCCUUCGCUCCUUCCGUCAGUCCGUCAUCUCCAUCUCUUCCCUCCAGGGGUCUGAGUGUGGGACCCCCACCAAACCUUAUCCAGACGGUGGUCUCCCUGACAUGGCGGCCCCCCAGACCCCCACCCUGCAGCGCUCCAGUGGGAGUGUGAGCAUGGGGGAUGAGGGAGGGGCAGAGGGGGAGGUUAAACUCAGGAACUCCAAGAGGAGAAGGAAAAGGAGCAGCAUGAUCUUCAUCCCAGAGGAGAGAGACAGGACCAACACUCUGGACAGCAAAUGGCUGUCCAAGAAGCAGGAGUUCCGCAGUGACACCAACUUGUCUGAACCUGGCGCUCAAGAAAAUGUCUUUCUCACCAACGCCAACUCCAGAUCUCUGCCUGCUAUUACAGGUCAGUCUCUGUCUGUGGCCAAUGGUAGUGAGGAGGCGGAGUCAUCCCGGUUCAGAAGGGACAGUAAGAGUAUGUCUGUGUGUCUUCCUGGAGACCGCACUGCUGACAGACGCUCCAAAGGGGUCAUCAACCUGCUCUUCGGGACCAAGAGCAACAAGUCUGAGCAACAGAGCAACAAGUCUGAGCAACAGAGCAACAAGUCGUCUACUGAUCCAAGCAACAGGAAAGCCAGUCAUUUCUAACAGCCAUCCAUCACACAUGAUGUACCCUCAGUGCCUUUUAACCUGCUCUGCUUUGAAUUCCAGUUACCACCAGGGGCUAUUGCCUUGCUGGAAACUCCUCUUUGGAAAGAGCUAUCUGAUCUGUUCUUUUCUUUAUCAGGUUUUAAAGACUUGUUUGCACUCACACAUGCACACAGGCACACACACACAAUGAGAGAGAGGUGGAGGGAAAGGGAGAGAGAGACUGACAGAUUCUCUGAAGAAAUUCAUGCUUUUAAACUUCUGCGCUCAUAUAUUUUAUAAUCAUUUCAAUAGAAUUUUUUUUAAAUUAACUGUCCUUCUUAAAUAAUGGUGUUUGCAAGCAUUCCAUUUAAUUCAAUUGAUGAAAUAAUAAGUAAAGAGAUAUCUGACUCAAUUUCUCCCCAAUGUUUGACAGAGUUGUUUUUUUCAAAUGUUAUUAACAAUGUAGCCCUUUCCUGCAUUCAAUGACCGAAAGCACCCUCUUUGGUCUCAUGAGUGGAAUGUUAUUCAUAUUUUUCAUAAUGUCAUAAUAAAGAUUUUUUUUAAAUUAAACGACGAAAAUACAGUG